AUGCAUUCCAUCGUGCAACCACACUCCUGGGUGGCCAUCAAGCUGCCCACGGGCAACCUCAGGAUCCUCCAGGUCACACCAAACACAACGAUAUCCCUUGGCAAAUACGGCACCUUCCCCAGCAAUCUCAUCAUCCAGCGACCCUUCCAUCUCACCUACGAGCUCGAAGAUCGUCGAGAGAACGAGUCCUUCAACCGCCUCCGCAUCGUCCCCGCGUCCGAACUGUACCAGGACGUUCUCACAGAAUCCUCCAACACCACAGACACACAGUCCACGCCUGUUCCAGACCAAGAUGAUGACACGGCGGCCGGCACAGGCGGUAGCGCCGCCGCAGAGCCCACAAAUGUCGAGUUCUCUCUAGUCGACCCAGAAUCCGGCGCGGUCGUCGCGAAGACCAAUCGUGUCGACAUUGACGCUGCCGUGGCUGCCACGCAGACGCUGACCAUGGAGGAGAUUGAGGCGCUCAAGAAGCACGGGACCAAUGCUGGCCAGGACCUCAUCGCCAAGCUCAUGCUCUCGCACACGGCCAUCGACCAGAAGACCGAGUACUCGCUCGCAAAGUACAAGCUGCUCAAGACGAAAAAGUACAUUCGCCGGUUCUCCGUGCUGCCUCUCGACGUGCCGCUCCUCAACCACUGGCUGCUUGAGGAAAAGGAUCCGUCCAAGAUCCUGGACAUGAGGGAGGAAAUGAUUGGCCUGCUGGGUUGCUGGGCGAAUGUCCACUUUGGCGGCGAGGAGUCAUGCGAGGGCCAGGAGGUGGCCGUGGAUGGGGUUGAUGCCGAGGAGCAGGCAAAGAAGACCUUGGAGGAUGCGUCGGGACGCUGGCUUGCGAUCGACGAUACGGGUGGUCUCCUGGUGGCCGCAAUGGCUGAGCGAAUGGGUGUUCUUUUCUCGCCAGAGGCCACGGAAGGCCCGCAGCCAAAGACGGAUAAGAAGCCAGCGAAACCUCGGCCCGCCGGCGAGGAGAAAGAGCAGGCGCAGGUAACAGAGAGCGUCGCCACCGAGAACAACCCGUCAGCUACGGCGGAGCAGUCUGAGCCGACAUCAGCACCUGAGCAUGCGCAAACACAGCCCGCAGAAGAACAACAAGUAUCCAAAGCGACAGCUCCAAAGCGAACAUUCAGCGACCUACAGAUCCCCUACUCCCAGAACAACACCCUCACCGUCAUCCACGCCAACUCGCAACCCAACCUCAGCUUCCUGCGCUACUUUGACUACGACGCCGCCAACCCGCCGCAGGCCCACCAGCACCCGCUGGCACGCCACCUCUUGACACUCACCUGGUUGCAACUGCUCGACCCGCAAGCCGACACGACCUACGCGGCCGAGCUCGCCACCGCGACCCCGGAAGAACUGCGCUCCUGGAAGGCCAACCGGCGGGGCAAUUACCACCGCAAGCGCCGGCGGUGGGCGCGCCUGCGACACAUUGUCGACACGACGCGGCAGGGCGGCUUCUCGGGGCUCGUGGUCGCAAGCACAAUGGACCCAGUCUCCAUCAUGCGCCAUACGGUCCCGCUGCUCGCGGGCGGCGCCCCCGUCGCGAUAUACUCGCAGUCGGUAGAGCCCCUGAACGCGCUGAUGGACUGCUACAGCAUCGCGCGCCGCGCCGCGUGGGUGCAAACCCCGCCCGCGGAGCUCGAGGGCAAGUCCGCCGAGGAGCUCGAGCGGUGGCAGGGCAACGACGAGUUCCCGCUCAACCCGACGCUGCUGCUCGGCGCGUCGCUGCAGACCAGCAGGGUGCGCAAGUGGCAGGUGCUGCCAAACCGGACACACCCGCUCAUGACGAGCCGCGGCGGCGCCGAGGGAUAUGUGUUUACUGCAUUCAGGGUGAAGCCAGCGGAGGGCAAGGUUGAGGCGCGCGGCAAGGCAAGGAGUAAGAAGAGGAAAGUCGACGAGGUUUGA